UACUCCGGCGAGGGACUAAAGCCACAUUUAUGGCAAAGGUUGGGAACCAAAAACUGGAUUAAGCUUAAUUUAUAUUAAGAAAGUAGUGUGAACAAGGAAUUUCAUAAAUUUUCAUGGAACUUUCCUUUCCAUUUUGUAAGGAGACUCAGUCUGACUUUGCAGUUUGCAGCAUUUAGGAUUCGAUUCUAAGAUGUUAAUUCACCACCCUGCUAUAUAAACAACAUAAGCUUGCUUCGUGCUUAUCAAAAAAAAAAGCUUGCCUCGUAAUAAUAAAUAGUUCCACGCCUUGUUGAGUUCGUAAUCAUCAGACAUUUUCAUCAAACACUUCUCUCAAGCUAAGACCAAAGAUACAACUGGUUCUGUUUAUAGUCGGCUAAGAAUAAUAUUAAGCACCAAAUAGUGAUGGCAGAUAGGCACCAGAAUCCAACACUAGCACAAAAGUUUGCUACACAGCUUCAUCUGAGAUCAAGCCUUUCCCCACAUGCUGCAAUUACUCAUGGAGGUUUGAAAAGGCCAGCAAUGUUUCAGCAACAAUUUUCAUUUGAAAAUUAUUCAAAUGCAGGGUUGAAGUUCCCUCCCAAUGCUGCUACAACAGAAUCUUUACAUUCUGUAGGUUCAGCUGCUGUGUUUGUCUCAUCCCCAUCUGAGAAGAGCUUUGCAGGAUUUGCAACUGAUUUUCUCAUGGGUGGAGUUUCUGCUGCAGUGUCCAAGUCUGCGGCUGCUCCUAUCGAGCGCGUGAAGCUUCUUAUUCAAAAUCAAGAUGAGAUGAUCAAGUCUGGGAGGCUCUCUGGACCUUACAAGGGAAUUGUAGAUUGCUUUGGAAGAACAAUCAAAGAUGAGGGAGUUCUUUCACUGUGGAGAGGGAACACUGUCAAUGUUAUCCGUUACUUCCCAACACAGGCCCUGAACUUUGCAUUUAAAGACUACUUCAAGAGCCUGUUUAACUUCAAGAAAGACAGGGAUGGCUACUGGAAAUGGCUUGCAGGUAAUGUGGCAUCUGGUGCUGCAGCAGGAGCUUUCUCAUCUGUCUUUGUUUAUUCAUUGGAUUUCGCUCGAACCCGCCUUGCCAGUGAUGCCAAGGCUGUAAAUAAAGGUGGAGAGAGGCAAUUCAAUGGUUUGAUCGAUGUCUACAAGAAGACUCUUCAAUCUGAUGGCAUCGCUGGCCUCUACCGUGGAUUCAAUGUUUCUUUGGCCGGAAUCAUCGUCUACCGUGGUUUAUACUUUGGAAUGUAUGAUUCUCUGAAGCCAGUGGUCUUAGUUGGGAAGUUGCAGGAUAGUUUCCUUGCAAGUUUUGCUCUGGGAUGGAUGGUUACUAUUGGUGCUAGUGUUUCCUCCUACCCUUUAGACACUGUUAGAAGAAGAAUGAUGAUGACAUCAGGUGAAGCUGUCAAGUACAAGAGCUCUUUCGACGCGUUCUCACAAAUUGUGAAGAAAGAAGGUCCAAAAUCUCUCUUCAAGGGUGCUGGUGCAAACAUCCUUAGAGCAGUUGCAGGUGCUGGUGUGCUAUCUGGUUAUGACAAACUUCAGGUUCUCAUGCUGGGAAACAAGCAGGGUUCUGGUGGCGCUUAAUCAUUGACUUUAUACCCAAAGAAUAUGGUUAUGAAAUUUCAAGAUUCAAGUGUGCGUUAUCAGCCAAAGAUAAUGAUGAAAAAUUGAAUAGAUAAAAAUUAGUCCUACAUUCUCUAGUUAGAUAUUUGUUUCUGUCAAUUAUUCCAUAUCUGCAUAUAGCAGUUUACAUUCUGUAUCUUGCCUUUUAGCCUUUGCUCCUUUUUGAAGUUUAGUUAUUGUAAUUUUGAUUGAGGUUUGUCUAAAUCACUCUAAAUAAAUAUGGAGUAAAAUCACUUUAGCUUAGGUGAUGACCCUUUAAAA